CCGACAAUCGGAAUGUGGAAGCAAGUGUUUAAAGACGAUCGAUGGUGGAAUGUGGAAUGGAGUAAAAUCCCAGAUUAGAAGAGUAGGUACUCUCCUACUGUCUGGUAAAAUAGAAUAAGUUUCACUACAUGCAAGCAACCACUUAUACAUAGUCAAAACGUGAACUCUCUGGUUAUGUCUAGUUGGCAUUUAACAACAAAAUAAAACAAAACACGGGUAACCACUAAACAAAUUCUUCUAUUUGACAGUUUUAUUUUAGGAAUCCAAAUUUCAACGUAAAAUGUUAUUUUAAUAUCAUCAAGAACCUACCAAAGAUGUCCUUAACAGGCUGUUUUAAGAGACUACAUGUAGUUAGGGGUGCGUUGCCUCGAGUAUGGCCCACCCGUUCAUUUUGCUCAGAUGAGUGUGCUGACGAAAAGAAAGGUUUAAUUCUGGGAGUAUAUGAAGGCGACAACGAAGAACCAAUUUUUACAAAAGCGGCAGCAAAAUUUAAUGAUCAUUUGGGAGGAAAAUUGUUGGAACUGAUGAAAACUGGAGGAUGUGAACUAAAAAAAGGCCACGGAAAGACUUUCAACAACAUAGACAAAGAGUUUUGGUCCGUUGCCUUAGUCGGUCUCGGAAGGGAGAAAUUAGGAUACUGUGAAAUGGAAGCGAUCGAUGAAAGUUUGGAAGCAGUUCGUGAAGCAGCUGGAAGUGGUGCACAGCUCUUAAAAAAAGAAUGCGUUGGAAGAAUACUAAUUGAAGGCCUGGGCCAUCCAGAACAGGCAGCUGAAGGAAGCGCCUUAGCACUCUGGCGCUACCAGGAAAACAGGUCGAGACAGAACUGGAGGCCUAUUCCGACUCUGGAAUUGUUCGACGACAGUGACGCCGAAAGUUUUCAGCGCGGUCUUUUUAAAGCCGAAUCGCAAAAUUUGGCCCGACGACUUUCCGACACACCCGCCAACCAAAUGACUCCAUUGCACUUCGCCCAAGAAACGGUCAAUGAGUUGUGUCCAUGUGGAAUUAAAGUCAUGGUCCACGACAAGGAUUGGGUCGAAAACAAAAAGAUGAACGCCUUCCUGACGGUGGCGCGUGGCUCAUGUGAGCCGCCUGUUGUUGUGGAAAUCUCUUAUUGUGGUGCCCAUCAAGACCAAAAGCCCAUUUUGAUGGUGGGCAAGGGCAUCACUUUUGACAGUGGCGGUUUGUGCUUGAAAAAAUGCGAUGGUAUGGAUCGAUAUCGAGCAGAUAUGGUAGGAGCAGCUGCUAUAAUUGCAGCAAUCCGAGCAGCUUCUGCAUUGAGUUUGCCAGUGAACAUUGAGGCUAUUAUUCCUUUGUGCGAAAAUAUGCCUAGUGGUAUGUCAAUGAAGUGCGGUGACGUAGUGAUGGGACUGAAUGGCAAAUCGAUAAUGAUCACCGACACUGAUAAUGAGGGCCGCUUGAUCCUAGCUGACGCUUUAGUGUAUGGCCAGAACGCAUAUCACCCAAGACUGAUCAUUGACGUUGCCAGCCUCACUCCUGGAGUGCGAGCGGCAUUAGGUUCCGCAGCCAGCGGUGUUUUUUGCAACUCUCAGACAAUGUGGUCUCAGGUACGAAAAGCAGGAGUGAUAACUGGCGACAGAGUAUGGCGACUUCCACUGUGGAAAUACUUUACAAAAAAAGUUACUAGAUUCCGCUCUCACGACGUAAACAAUAAAGGUCUUGGUCACGGAUCAUCAUGCAUUGGGGCUGCGUUCUUGAAUGAGUUCAUUGACUGCGUUGACUGGAUCCAUUUUGAUGUCACGGGAGUGGGUUUCAAAAGUGAGGAAAAGAAUUAUUCGUACCUGACUAAAGGUCGCAUGACAGGGAGACCUACGCGAACGCUAAUACAACUGUUAUAUCAACUGUCUUGUCCAUCGGAAGGACAGCGAAAAUUGGAAUAGGAUAACCUGAUGUACAAGUUGUUUGAAACUGUUUUCUGUUAAACCUAUCAUAAAAUCGCGCUCUUUAUUGUUACAUUGAAAUUCGCCUUUUGUCGCUAUGUUAAAUUUAAUAGUGGAAAUACAGGAAAUCUUGCAGAUUUCUCUGCGGAUUUUCGCUUACAAAGUUUUCCCGGCCGGGUUUGGUUUUUGGGUUUUACAGACUAAUACUUUUAAAAAGCAGACUGGUCAUCUGCAGCAGUUCCGAAUUUGUUUUUUUAUUGAAAUGCCGCGUAUAGUAAAUUAUGGAAUAUAAAAUAUAUAAAACUUAAAUUGUAAAAUCAAAGUCCUGCAAGAAAUUUUCUGAUAGGUGAUGUCUUAAGUGCCUCUAGUUUUCUGUACACGACUUGCAUUAACACAUUUAUUAUUUGUAUCUAUAAAAAUGGCGAAAACUUUAGCUCAUGUAAUCCGGGUCCAAUGUAACAGCAGUAUUAGAGAAUUUUAGGUCACUCUUUUUUUGUAUUUUAUUACAGUUGUGUUUAAUGUGAAGAUAUACAAAAAUAUAUAUUUUUAUUAAGUAAUAAAA